UUCAAUUCCGGGUGGCGGGCGCGUUCGAGUCGGAGUUUUGGCGGGAAGUCGCGCAGGGUAACGCGGACUUUAACUUUAAUUCGCUAAUUAUAAAGAUCAACUAAAUCCACCUCUGACCCGUCACCCGCUUGCGAGUACACGACGCGCUAUUUUAUGGGGCGGCGGAACUGACUUUCUAAAGAGGCACACUGGACUCUGGAGGCAUUGAAUGAACAGCGCACAAGUAACCUUGGAAAAUGAACCCGGAGACUGCGGCGGAAAGCAAGAGAAAGAAGCACACGGCCAGCUUCUCAGAUGUUAAAACAGAAAUUGAACAACUGUAUGCAGCAAUCCCUUUGCUCAGAAACUUCAAUAUUAUUAGAAAAAUUGGAGAAGGCACUUUUAGUAGUGUCUACAUGGCAAAAGGGAAGGUGCGAAGAUCUGGUGGUGAAGAAGAAAUGCUGGCUGUUAAAUACCUCAUUCCCACCAGCCAUCCACUCCGCAUCGCCGCCGAGGUCCAGUGUCUCAUGGAAGCAGGAGGUGUUGACAAUGUGAUGGAAGUGCUGCAGUGUCUCAGAAACAAGGACCAUGUGGUGAUCAUAAUGCCCUACCUGGAACACGAGGUGUUCUCAGAGGUCGUUUCUGUGAUGAACGUGAUGGAGGUGCGGGAGUACAUGAGAAACCUCCUGGUCUCACUGCUGCGCAUACACAAGCUUGGGAUUAUUCAUCGCGAUGUCAAGCCCAGCAACUUCCUGUACUGCAGAAAACAACAACGGUAUGCGCUAGUCGACUUUGGACUGGCACAAGGAACGCCGGAUACUUGCAUCCCGUUGCUGCGGAGGCUGCAGGAGACCGUUGGUCUGAGCGGAAGCAUUUAUCAGAAGAGGGCCAGCGCACGUCUCACAAAAGCCAACAACAUCACCACCACCACCACCAUGCAGAAGCAGGGCAAGAGCGCUCAGCUGAUGAAGUCAUCGGUGAACUGCAACGAGGAGUGCAAAGGAAGUAAGCUAACGAAUGGCGCUCCACACGUAGCUGCGAUGACGGCCAAGAAAGCUGUGGCUCCCCCCAAUGCCAUGCCUCGAUGUGCGUUGCAAGAAAAGACUUGCUCCUGUUUCGGGUAUGAUCAGGUCUGCAAGCUCUGCUUGGCCAGAAGCCCACAGCCGUCUCCGCGGGCUGGUACGCCUGGGUUCCGAGCCCCAGAGGUUCUACUGAAGUGGCCAUAUCAAACCACAGCCAUUGACAUUUGGUCGACGGGCAUUAUAUUCCUCUGCCUCCUGAGCGGCCGUUACCCCUUCUUCAAGACCAGCGACGACCUCACUGCGCUGGCUCAAAUCAUCGCGUUGCGCGGAAGCGCGGAGGUGGCUGCUGCUGCUAAAGCUUGCGGAAAGAUGAUGAUCUGUAGUCGUCACUGCAGAAGUACCGAUUUAAAAGAGCUUUGUGAAUGCCUGAGAGGUGACGCCUCUGUGAAAGCUAUGCUUGAUGCAGGCCAAGCAAAGACCCCUGCGGAAAAAAGAAGAAAAACAGACGCCCCCGUCGUCGCAAAUUCUCCCACUGCUGCGACGGACGGCACAGACGCCGGCGUUGACGCCAGUCGAUAUCCCGCUCGUCGCACGCUGCCUUCCGACGCAAGAGACGCGUCUUCGGGUCGCGGUGGGCCAGAAGCUGCCUACGGGAGGGAUUGGCGCUGCAACGAUGUCUUGGCGUUUGACCUGCUCUACAAACUCUUAGACCCGAACCCACACACGCGGAUAAACGCUGCGGAAGCCCUACACCAUCAGUUCUUUGUUCGGUAACGAAAGCCAACGGCGUCCUCACACUUAAGUUGUCCUGACCCGAGCUAGUGGUGAAUAAUUGGAAGUUCCUGGGCUGAUUUUUUUUGUUAUGGUCAUUUUUUUUUCGUAAGGUCAUUCCUGCUGGCUUCCUGCAAAGUGGUUCAUAUAUUUUGAAACAACCCCUCAGAUAUAAUGGCCUUUAAAUUUCUAUUUAAAGCUUUCGUGACUGCAGGGAUUCAUAUUCUUGGUUCUUUCGGUAAAGUCACGUAGAAGGGAAAUAAUACAAUAAUAAAAAAAUAAAAAUAAAUUAUCAUGACGUUUCGAUCGCAACACAGGCAAUCAUCAUCAGGUGUGAAAACCACAGCAGGAAAAAAACGCCACUUUUUUCAAUUUUUCUCCCCAGUGGCGAUGUUUUUGUUGUUGUCCCGCACCACACCCAGGUACUCGUGUGAGGCUGAGUCAAUCUAGGGGAGGCCCAUCGGGAAUCUAAACUCGGGUGGUCAGGUUGGUAGCGCAGCGCACUAACCGCUACACUACCGCUCCCCGUGUAUGUAAAUGUGACACACACACACAUACACGGGGAGCGGUCUUUGUUAACCCCUGAUAUGCAAAUGGGAUAUUUUGCCACGAUUAAAUGUCACUCAUGUUUAUUUUUAAUGAUAUGCACAUCAUGUCUGUUUACUGUUUCGGAUAUAUAUAUAUGCCGAUAGCCUGUAAAUAAUUUACAUUGGUUUAUAAAAAAAAAUGCGUUCAGUUAAAACAUAGAUUUUUCCACAAAUCAAUUACAUUAUGCUUUUAUGCAAGGUUACAAGGAAAAUACGCACAAUUCAUGUCCAUAUUUGUGACCAAAAUGUAGCCAUUCUCUCACCAGUGCUGCAACAUUCACUCGAAGAUGAAAACGCUGCAAUGACAAAAAGAAAUGUGAAGUCCUCCCCGAUGUCUUCUGCGUAAAUGUCCCAACAUUUUCCGCUCCCACCGUGCGGUACAACCCCCAAAACAUCGGCAGAGCUGUACAGCUAAACGAGAACAUUCCUUCGCAUCGCAUUCGUACAAAAGAAGCAAAAUGACGUGCUGCCGUAUCCCUGCAGGCGCGUUGAACCUUGGCCUUAAAAUGCCGUGACGUGAAAUCGGGCUUCGGAAAAGCUGGUGGUGCUAAUUUUGCAAUUACACGAAAUAUAAUGCGCACAUUUUUUCUGGAUAUUAAUGUUAUGAUUAUACCAGUAGUACCCGACUUGUCCUUGGUUGCAGGCUGCAGUCGACCGCUGGGGAAUCGCGUUCCACGAUUGUCUUUGCCACAAAUUCAUUCUUCAGACUCAACGGGUUAUUAGCGCCAUUAUAGUCUGUCAUUGGUGCCGAUGACGAUGUCACCUUGGAAUGCGUUAAAUAUCGCCAGAUCUUGAAAGCUCAGCAGUGUUGAGCCUGGAUAGUGCUUCCGUGGGAACCACGAUGCAUCGAAUAGGUUAUACUGGUAGGAACCUCCUGGUUACACCAGCCCGCAGGGGAUUAUUGUGUCCGUCCGUCGUGCAUCCAAAAAU